CAAUUUGUGUUGAUAAAAAAAAAAUAUUCGCAGAACGAAACACAAUAUUUUCAUUUUUCAAUGUCAACAUAAAUGGAAAGAGCGAGAAUAAAAUAAGUUGUUUUUCAUGGAAAAUUAGGUAAAUAAAGAAUGAACAUGAAGAGAAAUACGGAGCUAUUCGAUUUAUAUUGGGAGGAUAUACUGGUGUCUAAAGUUCUGCCGCAUUUAACUAUCAGGGAUUGUUUUAAUUUUCGCUGCGUCUCAAAAACCUGCUUGCAAAUCAUAAACAUGUAUUUUGCAAAGUUGAAGUCAUUAAAACUGAUGAAUAAGGGUUUUUCGCCGCACACGUUUGGCGUAUUCGCAGUUUCUUGUAAAAGACUAACAAUAUUAAAUCUGAGUCGAUGCACGACUGUGAACGACACAGAUCUUAUCCCGAUGUUACUGCAGAAUCAGAAUUUGACAAGCCUUAAUUUGAGCCAAUGUGGGAAUCUGUCAGCAAAAUGUUUACAGCCAGUGAUUCUGUACUGCAACAAUUUGAAGACUCUGAAACUGGCCAGGUGUUCCUGGUUGACCACAGGGGCUAUGGAGGCUCUUGCUCUUCACCAGUGCAUGCUGGAAGACGUUGAUCUCUCGUACUGCGGUCUGAUAUCUGAAAACUGCAUACUUAUAUUCAUAAAGAAAUUCAGGCAUUUGAAAACCCUCAACUUGGAGGGGAACAAGCAGGUGACAGACAAGAGUCUGUAUGCAAUAUCUAAGUACAGUACGUCACUGAAGCUUCUUAAUUUAGGAGGAUGUAAUGAUAUUACUGACAAGGGAGUGAGGGCCCUAGCGCUCCACAGUCCGAAGCUGGAAGGUCUGCUGGUCCGUGGAUGUCAAAAAGUGACAGAGAACAGCCUGAAGCUGAUGCGGAACAGGGUCCACCUGGACAGGAGGCCUGUAGAACCCAUGCCCAUACCUAUAUAUGUGCAAAUUUAAUUUAAAAAUCAAAAAGCGCCAUCGAAGGCACUUAUUGAAAUUAUUUAAAUUCUAGUUAUGUUGAACAAUUAUUGACUGAGUUAGCGUUUAAUCAAACUUUAAAAGAAUUAGCAGUUAAGGUAGAAAGUAUGUUCCAAAAAUUAUGUACUUAGUGUGUAAUUUAAAAGUCAUUUAUUAAUUGGAAUUGCUGCCAAAAAAUAUUUGUGAUAAAUUUGAGUAUUUGCGUGAUUAUAGAAUAUUUGUAUAUUAUAGAAUAUAUGUCUCUAUAUUUAUUGGUGUGAUAAACGAUAUUAUUUAUGUAAAAAUAGAUUCGGCAAAAAAUCCGCAUAUUAGAAGUUUUGAGUCAAAUACGCGAACUUAUAGAUACCGUAUUAUGCAGACUCAAAACAAAUAAUUGCGGAUCGCACAGAAAUUUGUCUCAAAAUGGGAACUGGCCACUGGGUAGCUGCCAUGGGCCUCGCGCUUAUAGGAGCCUUAUUGUAUAUGCCAAUGUAAACUCGAAACAAUGCUGUGUUACGGUAACUUUGUGAAAUUAGCGUGGAAUGGUAUUCUGUAUGCCAAUUUGUAUUGUAUUGUCUUUGGUGCGUUACAUACUUGUUAUGUACUGUCAAAAUAACGUGUGGCAUAGAGAAUAAGCCCUGUAGCGUGAGGCCUCGUGCGGUGCCUUCAAGGACCUUUUUUAGCAUAUUACCUACGAAAUUGUUUAUGAUCUUUGUUUUUUGCUUCGCACGGAGCCUUAAGUCAGUUAAGACGGCCACUGUGUACACUGCCGUUGUUAGUAAAGCCCUUGGUUUAUUAGGCGUAGGAAAAAAUUGCUUCCAGAUAUCUAAAUUACUUGCAGAGAUAGCAGUGUAUUAUAAGUAUUAUGCGUGCUUCAAGUUAAGUUUAUUAUAUUUUAAAUAUUGACAUUAUUGUAGUAGGGUGGAGUGUUGACCAAGUCAUUGAAGCUAUGUACAGAAUGAAUAAUGAUUUCUUAUGUUUACGCGAAUAUAAGACAUUGAAAAAAAUAUAUUUUACGAAUUUUAUCACGGUUUUUUAUAUUUUUUCCCGACGUUUCUAAGACUUUGUAGCCUUUAUCCGUGACCAAAAACCUCAAUUAAAUUCUUAAAAUAGUUUUAUUUCAAUAUAGAAUACAUCUUCAUUGGCAAAAAGUCAAAACAUUUCAGGUCACAAACCUUGAAAGUGAUUGAAUUUGAAUUUAUUAUUUCGUAAUUUUUUGUAGACGUGCGCUGGUAUAUGUCAUAAGAAUUGAUUUCCCUAGCAAAAUAAAAUGUAUCUCUUCGACAUAUAUGUUAUACUAUGUAAAUUGUAUUCAGAUAUUUUGUAGGUAUAUGCAUUUUAGUAAACCAUGAAUCUAUUAUAGACUCUAUUACUAGUAACAUAAGAAAUUUAUCGUGUAUCGCAUAAAAUAUUAGGUUAUGCGUCUAGGUUGUGCUUCUGAAAUUAGCGUGUAUGUAAUAUGUAUGUAUAAUGUGUUCUUUACUUGUGUAUGACUGUUAACUCUAGUGGACACCUAAAAUACCUGCCUUCUUUACAAAGUUAAGAUAAGGUCAGGGAGCCUUAUUGCGCCUACGGAAUUAAGGAUGUCUAUAUGACAGCUCAGAUUUGUUAUAGGGCCCUUUUAUCAAAUUUUAUCCGUGGUACAUUACAAUUUGCUAUUGUUGUAAUAGUCCCUGCCCUUGAGGUAGAAAUGCCUGCUUAGUUCAAUAUAUUCUCACCCAAUUUGCUACGGAGGGAAGUGGACAAUUAAUAUUCCCAACUCCUUUUUUUUCUGAUACGGCUAUCAAAGCUGUACUUUCGAUUAGAAUCUUUUCUCGUGAGUCGACAUUCUAUUGGACACCACUCUACUUACCAUCAGAUGCACUGGGGUCAUAUUACCAGACCAUAUGAAAAGAACUUGUUUAAGAUAACCUGGAUUUAUGAAACGUUGGUGGAAAUAGGCUUGUCUAAUAUAUAUAAUAUACUUAAUGUCUAAUAUAUAUAGAUUAAGGGCCGUUCAAGUAUUACUAACGCAAUUUUGUAAAAUGUUACGGUGCGUUACAGGGAUGGGAGAGGGGUUACGUGCAACCCGUUAUGUAACAUUACUUUUUCUGUUUUAAAACAAUAACAAAGGUAUUUUAGCGACUUUCCAGUACUCUGCGUAACAUAAUUGUGAAUAUUAGAUAACUAGUGUUAUGUAACUUUUAGGGGGUACAGAAAAACGUUACGGCGCGUUACAUGGAGGGGCGGAGGGAUCAAAAAUCUUCAAAAAUUGCGUUACGUAAUACUUGAACGGUCCUUUACUUAGUUUAAAUUUAAAACAUUUUAUCUAAAUUAGAUGGAUGAUAUUAAAAUAGCUUUAGAUAGUAAAAAUAUUUAAACAUUAUUAUCGCCUGAUUGAUGUAGUACCGGGAGACAGACUGAAAACAAAUGGGCUUCGUUAAAAAUUACGUUCCUUAUAAAAUAUCCAGUAGUAUUAUAGACGAUUUUGUUUUAUUUGCAUUAAAUGUUUAAGUAUAUGUUGAUUUAAACUUCAAAGAAUCACUAGAGCAUUAUUUUACUUAAAAUAAUUACUGAAAAUUAUUUUAAUGUGUUUAUCUAUUAGAUAAGUUUUAUUUUAUUUGAAAGUUAAAUUAAGGCAGUCCCCCAGCAAAGCAGCACGCUUACCGUAUUUUUAGAAGUUAUAUAUUCGAGAUUUAUAAAUCAUAUAGAAAAAAUAUUUGUUUAGUUUCUUUGGUUGUUUAGUAUUUUCUAAUGUGGAUAUUGUUUCUUUAAUUUCAUGAUGAAAAUACCACUAAAACUGUUGAUUCCCGUCAUCUCCUAAAGUACACAUCAUAUUCACUUGCAACCUAAAUAAACUAUUUAACAACGACAAUUUUGGUAGCUUAAAAUUUUCAUGAAUGCUUAUAAUAGAUCUUUCAAAGUAUUUAUUUAUAAAUCGUUGCAUAUCCGGCUGUAACUCGUACGCCGUAAAUAUAUAAAAUGAAUGCUCAAGGCUGUUUGCUAUGGGAGGGUCUUAAUUGUUUUAAAACGAAAAGUGUAGUAUGUGUUUCAAACUUGCAUUGCGUUGAGUUAUUGUUUUUAUCAUUUGUGGUGCAUAGUUUUAUACGUAUUAUAUUUUUGUUAAUAUUGUUUCUCGGAGCUCUCAAAUGUAAUUAUUGAUAGUUUAUGACAUGACAUGAAUUAAACUAUGUAGUUUCAUGAA